AUAUUUGGUCCUGCCGGUGCUAAAGAUGAAGAUUAUGAUGAUCCUCCAGUUACUUUGUUGCGUGGUCCCCCAGGUCCUCCUGGCAUACCCGGCAAAGAUGGUCGUGACGGCAGAGACGGUGCCAAGGGUGAACCGGGCGAGCCAGGAGAACCUGGUUCUUUGGGUCCUCGUGGCUUAGACGGCCUACCCGGUGAACCUGGUAUUGAAGGUCCACCUGGUUUGCCAGGUUAUCAAGGACCACCCGGCGAAAAGGGAGAUCGUGGUGAUAUUGGCCCACCUGGUCUUAUGGGACCACCUGGUUUGCCAGGUCCACCCGGCUACCCGGGAGUCAAGGGUGACAAAGGCGAUCGCGGUGACUCAAAGUAUCGUAAAAUGCGCAGACGUCAAGAUGAUGGCAUGGCGGAUGCCCCACACCAUAUGCCCACAAUUGAAUAUCUUUAUGGUCCUCCCGGUCCACCUGGUCCCAUGGGACCUCCUGGCCAUCCCGGCAAACCUGGUGAAAGAGGUUUGGAUGGCCGCAAAGGAGAUCCUGGCGAGAAAGGCACAAAAGGUGAUCAGGGUCCUAUGGGUCUGCCGGGUCCUAUGGGCAUGCGUGGUGAUUCCGGACCAAUGGGUCCUUCUGGCAAAGCUGGGCUUCCGGGUCCUCCUGGUCUCGAUGGCAUGAAGGGUGCUCAGGGCGAAACUGGCUUAAAGGGUGAACGUGGUGAUCCCGGUCUACCGGGUACCGAUGGCAUACCUGGCCAGGAAGGACCACGCGGUGAAAAGGGCUCCCGAGGCGAUCCUGGUCCACCGGGUAAACGUGGACGCAAAGGUGAUCGCGGUGAUAAAGGCGAACAAGGUGUACCCGGCUUAGAUGCACCAUGCCCCUUGGGUUCAGAUGGCCUACCAUUGCCCGGCUGUGGUUGGAGACCACAAAAGGAAACGGUUAUCUCAACACCAGUCCAUAAAGAUUAUUUACCUGAUGUCACGGGUCCUGAGAGCAAUAAUGCCAGCGAUUAUGAACAGGAAGAAGAUGAAGAGGAACAAAAUGAAAACGAAGAUGAAUAUGAUGAAUAUCAAGACAAUUUACACAACGAUUAA